AGUGAGGAGAUGGUGUAUGCAAAAUCUCUUUGGAAAGCAAAGAUAUGGAACAAGCUGCAGAAUCAGCUCAGGACUCUGAGAAGUUGUCAUCACUAGAUCUUUGCGGUGGAGGGUGUCAGAGUGAAUUAUUCCUACAACUCAUGGAGGUGAUCUCUUCUCUGGAAAUGUGGACAUUUUCCAGGAGGAGUACUUCUGCAGUUGGACCUAUGGAAGACCAUAUACCACCAAUGCUGCACUCAACAGUCUGCAGUACCAUCUUACCCACUUCUGUCAUGCCGGAACUGAAACAGGAAUGGGACCAGAAAUCAAUUCAGUCUGAGAUUUCUCGGCUUCGGGAGCAAAACACUGCCCUGAGGUUCAAACUCAUGGUUACAGAUGUUGAGCUGGACAGGUCAAAAGUCACUCUCCGUGACUUCAUUGAUGAAAAGAAAAACCUGCAAAGAAAGGUAAAUUCCUUACAGGACAUUUUGGAAGACAAUGAAAAUUCCCUUCAAUCACCAACCAUUCCUGGGGGCGAUGCUUUGUGUGAUCAGUACUCAUCGUUAAGUGACCCACAACCAUCUGAUAAAGCAUCAUUAUCCACAUUAAAAAGUCUGAUCCAUUAUCUUCAGAGCCUCCCUGGAAUAAAGCACGCACAACCUGGGACACCUGAGGUCCAACCCAACAGUUUGCAGGUUGAGAUGGAAUGGCUUAAAGGACGCCAUGAGUGGAUGAAGAGGAUGAACGACCAACUCUCUGUCACUUUGAAGGAAUGUAAGACUGACUCAGAGAAACUGAGCAUGUAUCUUGGGAUACUGGAGUCUACUUGCACUGCACUGCGCCUGGCACUGCAAUCCAGUGAGAAGUGCCUGAGAACCUACAGUGUUCUACUUGCUCUUGCAGAGGCAAAGGAGGAGAUCCUGCUAGGACAAGUAGCAGCUGGAGAAUUUCUAAGUGCAGGUUGGAGUUUGCUGCCCAAGGAUUUAGAAAUUAAGACCAAACUGUUCUUGAUGGAAGUGAAAAAGACAUUUUGCAGAGAGGGACCAAAUUCAGAAGUGAAGAAGAAAGAUACAGGAAGCCCAGCAAUUAUUAGGUUAUACGCUCCAUGGUUGAGUGAUGAAGAGGAGCAGACCUUGCAAGACUAUGUCAAAUCUCUGAAGUUUGAUCUGACAUCUAGAACCCUACAGGAACAACAGCACAUGGGAAAAGAUGGAACAUCUCACUCACAGGAAGUGGCUCAUCUAGCUAACGUGAUUAAAACAAAAGUGGACAAUGCAGUCAAGUCCACAGUAGAAGUUUCAUCAGGACACCAAGAGAAACCUCUUCGAGCUCAGAUUGUGCAGGAGCUGACAGACACAAAGGAAUGUCUUUCAGAAGUCAGAGCCAACCUGCAGCUGCUGCAGACAGAGAAAAGAGCUUUGGAACUGCAGAUUGCAACUGAGAUGGAGACAGAAAGGGCAUACAUGCUCAUCAGAGACCAGUUACAGAUGGAGCUGAGUGAACUGGCGAAAGGGGAAGAGGAUUCUAGGACUGCAGAGAAAUACACGGUUUAUCUGAAGAAUGCCUGCAGUCAUGGUGAGCAAUGUGGACAGCCUCUUGACAUGCAGCAUCUGCUGGACUCAUUAGUACGGAGCACUGAACUGAGGACACGUGUUGAGAACCUUACAUUGGAACUGGAUAAAUUGUCCUGCAAAGUUCGUGUUCAAAAGGCCCUAUCUGCCCAAGUUAUCAAUGACUUCUUCAAAGCUCACAGGAAUCUCUUCAUCACGUACCAAAAUGCCUGCAGAAAAUAUAAAGAGCAGCAGCACAAACUGGAAUCCCAGGCUGUUCUGAUGUCACAACGCCAAUGCCAACAGUUACAGGACCUUAUGAAGGCUAUUGUGAACCUUCAAGCUCAGAAAACAGCAAGAGAUACAAGUGAAACUUCCCUGUAAGACGUACAGACUAACUCGUUACGAAAAUAAAAUCACUAAUGUAUGGAUGGGGCAGUGAUGGCAAUCCAAAAUAAAAGACACCAAAAUUAUGCAGUCCGUAGUAACUCAGCUCUCUGAUUUAAAGGGACACUGUAGGCACCAUAACUGCUUUAUCUUACUGAAGUAGUUAUAGUGUCUUUUUUAUGCUUAAUGCUUAAAGCGGCAUGCCAACCUUACCUUUACAUAAUCCGUUCCUCUUCUCUCCCUCUCUCAGGAUCUUUUCUCCAU